UUAGCUAAUGAGGAGGGAGGUGUUUUGUGGCCUCCUUGGGUUUAAGGGCACGGGUUUCACGCUCUCUCUGCUCUUUAGGUACCAGAACUGCAGGAGAGGGUCUCUGUGUCUUCAUUGUUGCUGAGGAUACAUCUGAGGAGGAGCACACAUCACUUCCACAACGCGUCCAACGGUCAGUGUCUGCUUCUUGACAUAUACUACAGCUGUGAAGUUGAGUCAGUUUUUGAAGAAACAUGGCACUUGCAGGACACCUGAAGCAAGAUGACAUUGCAGCAGCAAUCCAGGCUUGUCAAGCCCCAGGGACUUUCAACUACAUGAUGUUCUUUGAACACGUGGGGCUGAUAGGUAAAGCUACUUCAACUGGGGAGAAGGUGUUCAAGGCCCUGGACCAGGACAAGAGUGGAUUUAUUGAAAAAGAGGAGCUGAAACGCUUCCUCCAGAACUUCUGCUCAAAGGCCAGAGAGCUCACAGAGGCCGAGACCAACACUCUGUUGGCAGCUGGGGACAGUGAUGGAGAUGGCAAAAUUGGGAUGGAAGAAUUCUGCGCCUUGCUGAAAUGAAAAGGUGAUGAAUGUCUUCACUGAUUUGAACUUCAUUUCAUGUUUCUCUCUUAUUUAUUUGCAUGCAUAACCUAUGAUUGCUUUUAUGUGAGUUGCUUAUUAAAAUAUGUUUAGCUAGUCUUUGUAGCAAAUGUGCAAACUGGGAACAAAUAAAAACUUGUGAUCAUAGAAUAUGAAACUGCUCAAUAAAAUCAAAGUCUCCAAAUACGGAAAUUCUUUUAUCCA